CUAGUACGAAAACUACGGAGUAUAAAUAACUCUCAGACAGAAAUAAAGAUAAAGAGUGCAACUUCGAAUGACUCCUUCGGCCCAACGACCCAGGAGUUGAACGAGCUGGCAUUGCUCACGCAUAACGAUAAACCGCUGAGAGACAUCACCGUGAUUCUGGCCAAGAGGCUCAACGAUAAUUCACGUAACUGGAGACACGUAUUAAAGUCACUCACUGUGAUUCAGUACUGCCUGGUGACGGGGUCAACCGGGUUCGUCAACUGGAUGAAGAGUAACCAGUACUUGAUCUCCACUCUGAAGGAAUUCCAACUCAAGGACCACGAUGAAAUUGCGCACCAGAUAAGGCAGAAGUCCAGGACUAUUACCAUGCUGCUGAAGGAUCCCGCUCUGCUGGAGGAGAAGAGAACCAAGUUCCACUCCUUCAGGUCGAGCAUGUCUCGACCU